AUGGUUUCCCUUAUUGUUGGUACUGCAACUGCUAUUGCUUUCUUCAUGCUUUGUUGUGAAACUGAUUCCCAUUUUCCUCUCUCUGCCAGUGAAUUUGAGGAUACUUCACAGGAUCGUUGUAGAAUUCCUGGCAGUGCAUCAUCACAAAGUUUUAGACGUAAUGAUUAUAGUUCAUCCCCUCCCACUAAAGGGGAUUCAAUUAAUUUUUCUCGGGGUAUUCAUGGAAGGUGGGAUAGCCGUUCAUCUGGAAGGAGUGACCGGGACAGUGACUCACAGUCUGAUUGGGAUUCAGAUUCUGGAAAGCGUUAUGGCAACCAACCUCGGCGACCUUGGCAAGUUCCUGAGCAUGAUGGACUUCUUGGUAGUGGUUCUUUUCCUAGACCAUCAGGAUAUGCUGCAGGGCCAUCAGCUCCAAAGUUGCGAUCUAACGAUCAAUUCCAGCUCAAUAGGAGUAAUGAACCGUAUCAACCGCCUCGCCCUUAUAAGGUGAAGCCUGCAGUGCCUCAUUCGCGUAGGGAAACUAAUGACAUGCUUAAUGAUGAAACAUUUGGUUCUUCCGAAUACACAAGUGAGGAUAGAGCAGAGGAGGAAAGAAAGAGAAGAGGUAACAUCUCUGUUUCAAUGGGAUUUAUAUGGAAGAGCAAAUAA